UGAAGAAAUAAUUUUGAGUGGAGUGGCAGAAGGGAUUGAGUAGAAGAGGAAGGAAUAGGGUGAGGUGGUUGAGGGGAUUAGAGAGAGUAUUAGAGAUUUGGGGGUUCAGGAGGUGUUAUAGGGAUGACUUUGGAAUCUGUGUUUUUAUGGAUUAGGCGGUGUGGAGGGGUUUUUAUGUUAUUUUUGUAACUCUUUUUGGGUUAGGAAUUCACAUUGAGAUAGAUACCAGAAGAGCGUGUUUAACAAUUUUUUAUAGCCUUAGGAUGCUAUUAAUUGAAGGUUAAUCGUCGUUAUUUUCUCCUUUGAAUUUACCUCACAAUUUCGAAUAUUCUUCUAAAGCAAUUUUUAAAUUGAUACUUAUGGCUACAAUUAUUUUAUAUUAUCUUCUAAUAAUAUCUUCCUUCAUAAUAUCAAAGGAUAUUCUGGGGCACUCCUAUUACUUCUGAGGGCUUUAUUUUAUCCAAAAUCUUGUCAAUUAGCUUAUAUUUUUCUCCUUGAGAUAUAUUUAUCUCUCCCUCUCCACUUUGAGAUCUGCACCUGGCCUUGAUGAUUCCAAAGAAUAUUUCUACGGCUACAAACUGAGGAGAAUAAGGAGAAAUGAAACUGGGGGAAUCUCAUAUUUACUCUAAGGUCUUUUCUACUCUCGCUGUUUUAUGAUAAUUGGAAUUUUCCAGGAACACAACAAUUCUUUCAUUCCAUAUUUCCCUUCUUCUUUACAUUAUCUUGGACAGGUCUUGCAGAUAUCCAGAAAAUAUUGAGUCAUUCGUGUUCUUAUCAAAUAACUUUACAAAGAAAUUUCCAUUUGUAGUAAUGGUUCCAAUAAUUUUAAAGCUGUUCCUAAACUCAGAGACCUUGAUUUCUCUCUUUUUGCUCUUCUGAGCCCAUCCUUACACUCUCUGGAUUUUAUGAGUAAAGGUGGGCUCGUCUAAGUUUACUGACGUCGCAGCUCCGGGGGAAUGGCCUCACAUACUGAUCACAAAAUUUUUUCAUAUCCAAGGUAACUUGUCGAAGUCGAUCUUCAUUGGUUUUGGGCUUAACUUCUUGAAGCUAAAGAUCGAGGUUAUUAUUUCAUUAUCAUGUAGACAUCUCUCCCGAGGCUUUUAUUGGUGUCUGCAUCCUAACUAUUGACUGAACUUCUAAGAAUGUUGGAUUCUAUUGAGUAUCUGAAAAGAAGUUUGAUUUUCAGCUGCUUAUCAAGUGAGCAUCUUGACUAUUUGAUAUCGUUCACCAGAUUCUCGAUCUCUGAAUCUACUCCUUCCUUAUCUUCCUUAUGACAAUUCAUAAAGAUUUCUCCUAUUAUUUAUAGACUGAACUGAUAAUCCUCAGAGAGCUGAUCGACACUUGUUCCCUCCAACUUUUUGAAUCUAACAAUGACUAAUCUCUACUUUGCUGAAAGCUUGGACCUCCUGCUCUCAAUGUC